AUGAAACUAGGACCUUGCUUGCAAGUCCCCGGCAGCGGGGACCAGGGUGACCUGCCCUCGGACAAGCGGAAGCGUCCCCUGCGAUUUGCCGGGCAGCACGACAUUCAGCUGCUGCAGGAGGUGGUGAACCUGAACCCCUUCAAGGACACGCCUCCCACCACGGCCUGGGCGUCUAUCUCGCGGAACCUAGAGAGCGUGCUCGCGAUCAGCUCCAGGAGGUGCCGGGAGCGCACCAUCCUGAUGCUCGACCAGUUCAUCAAGGGUGACUACCCGAGUCUCCAGCGGUUCUGCACCAAGGAGGAGUUCGCCGUUAAGGAGCAGCUCUUGCAACAGGUUCUGCAGCAGUACGAGAGCGGCGCAGGAGGCUACAGUUCUCGAAUCGGGAUCGUGGCGUCUGGAACGGCCGCACCGCACGACGACAAUGACGACGACGACGACUUUGACCUUGACAAGAUCAGACCGAGGGUCAUCCUCCAGGAGGAAUUGACGCCCGAACAUUCUCCCAGUCCAGAAAGUGACAGCGAACACGACAGAGAUGAGGAGGCCAGUCCGGUGAAGCGAGCUCGUACCACGGAGGAUGACCACCUCCUGGAGACCAUCCGGUCGACGGCCAGGAUGGGAAACGGGGCCGCCGACUUUCCUACGCAGGUGGUCACCUUCUUGCUAUCCCGCCAGCUCAGGGAAUCGGCGCUGCGUGACAGGGAGCUCCGGAUCCGCCGCGAGGAAGUGCAGCUGGAGAGGGCCAAGCUCAGGCUCCAGGAGGACAAGCUGUCGUUGGAGAAGGCGCGCUUCGAGAUCGAGCGCCAGGAGCGCGAACUCAGGCUCCGCUCGGAGAUUCAGGAGCGCGCCGUGUUCAUGGAGGUACUCAAGAAGGUUUUCAGCAACGGACUCGGCGGAUUGUGA